GAAACGCGGGACCCUCUGUGGCCGAGGCCCCAAGUGGCAGCUUUGCCCUCCACCAUGGGCUUUCGGAUCGUUGGGAAGGACCCCCGACGCAGCCCUCGUGUCCAGCCUCAGGUGUACACAUGGCUCCCCGGAGCCAGCCCUGCCCAGCCCUGCCUGAGUCACCCCUGGAGGAGGCGGCUGCUGUACCUGCCCUGCCCCAGCUCUGGGGAUGCUGCGCUGGGCUGUGUGUCCCGGGCCCUUGCACUCAGCCGGAUGUGAAGCUUCCUCAUCAUGUCCUGGGCACUGGUCUCCUUCCUGCAGACCUGAGGCACCGUCUAGCAGCCAAGAUGCACGCCUGGCACGAGAGAGUCUCUGCAGUUGACCAGCCCUUGGGAGCUUGGCCUUUUCUCUUUCUUCCUCCGCCAUAUUGGAGCCCUUCUGGGGGCUCGGAUCACCACUGGGAUCCCCUCCCUUCGACUCUCUGGGGUGCACACUGGACUGAAGAGGGGAGUCAGAUGUUUCCUGCUCCCUGGGGAAUGCUGUGUCAGUGGCCAGGCAAGCCGCAGAGCCCACAUCUCCCUGACCUACCAUGGGCCCCAACCUGCUGCCGCUGCUGCUGCUGGUGGGACUGGCAGCCCAGGCGGCCACCGGCAGCUUCCCUGAGGUGCUGCAGGCCCCGGUGGGGGGCUCCAUUCUGGUGCAGUGCCACUACCGGCUCCAGGACGUCAAGGCUCGGAAGGUGUGGUGCCGGUUCCUGCCGGAUGGGUGCCAGGCCUUGGUGUCCUCGGCUGUGGACCGCGGAGCGCCGGCAGGCGGGCGCAUGUUCCUCACGGACCUGGGGGGCGGCCUGCUCCAGGUGGAGAUGAUCACCCUGCGGGAGGAGGACUCGGGCGAGUACGGCUGCGUGGUGGAGGGGGCGACGGAGAACCAGACGUUGCACAGGGUGGCCCUGGACGUGCUCCCUCCAGCUCCUAGCCCAGCAGAGGGAGAGGAUACCUAUAAGGUUGGGAGUCUGGCUGACGGCCCCUUCUUGGACACCGUGGGCAGUGCCAGCCCUUUGGAACCCAGCCAGGAUGAGAAGAGCAUCCCCUUGAUCUGGAGCGCAGUGCUCCUGCUGGGCCUGCUGGUGGCGGCAGCCGUGCUGUUUGCUGUGAUGGCCAAAAGGAAAGGGUACAGGCUUGGUGUCUGUGGCCAAUCUCAGAGCGGCAGAGUUUCAGGCACGGCCUCCUCCUUAGUGGUCCGCCACACCAGUGACUCUGGUCUGGGAGUGGAUUUGCCAUCGGACAUACCGUAUGCCAGGCUGGACUCGCCGCCUUCCUUUGACACCACCACCUACAGCUGCCUACCUCUUGAUCCCCCGUCAGGGGAAUCCCCAGCCCCAGUCCAACCCUCAUCAUCCCCUCUGCCUCCUAAGGUCCUGAUGUACUCCAAACCUGUGACAUAUGCCACAGUCAUCUUCCCUGGAAAGGACAAGGGUGAAAGGGCCACCUGUGAGCCAGCCCAGGACCCACCGACUAGCCAAACGCCACCCAGCUAAGCUGUUUGUCAUACUCUUUACUAACAGAGACCAUCCCCAGAGUCCUACACAUCCAGCCCGCCCGCCCACACCCUAGAUCCUUAGGAUAUCAGAACAGCUAGCGACUUUAGGAUCUAAUUUAACAACUUGACUUUUCUCAUCAGGACAGUGAUACUUCUAUGUGACUGAGG